AUGGAUGACCUUGCCCACAUCCUGCGCGGCAUGGCGCCGGGGCAGAUUGAGCAUGCCGUGCAGCUGCUGCAGCGCUACUCUGCGGCGAGCCAGCAGCAGCCGCUGUCGGUGCUGCGCAGUAGUGGCGGCGACGCCGACGAAAGCAGCAACUACAACAACAACGGUCCUACUUCAGGGUCUGGUGAAGCCGACGGUGUGAAGGACUCAAUUCUUAAUUCCGCCACGGCGGGGGGACACGAUGCGGUGAGCUCCGCCAUUUCCCUUGCGCUGCGGCAUGCGGCCAUGGCGGCGAAUGGCGUCAGUAGUGACGAGAACAGUGCGAAUAAUGUCGAGGGUGAUGAUGGUGAGGAUGAUGGUGGUGAUGAUGACGAUCUCCCACUGGCAGUUAUCGCGCAGAAGAAGCUGAUGUCGACGGGAAGGAAAGUCCCGAGGUCUGCUGCGCGAAAAAAGCCGCGGGAGGCUGCUGCGACGGCUGAGGGAAACGCUUUGCCCGAGCACCAGCAGCAGCAGCAGCAGCAGCAACAACAAGAACAACAACAGGAAGCACCAUCUGCUGAUGGUAAUCGCACACCUGUUCGCAAGGGCAAGGCGUCCCCCAAGGCGGCGUCGGCGUCGCCAGCCGUUGCGGUGCGUGGUCUCGCUAGUUUUGGAUUCGUGAGCGCCACGAAGAAGCCGGUGCUUGCCGCCGGCGAGAAGAACAAACUCUUCACACCAUUCGUGCAGGACAAGCGGUUGGUGCCCGCCGCGCUGCGGUUCUGGUGCAGCGGUGAAGCACAACAAGAGCAGCAGCAGCAGCAGCAGCAGGAGGUGAGGGAGGACGAGGACGAGGUGUUAGCCGUGCGCCACACCAUCGCCGUGGAUGAGAACUCCUCAUCGUUGAUGCACUCGCCGGUGAUGCUCUGUGGCGAAGCGGAGGAGGAGCGGGACGUGCAGCUGCGCGAGGGGCCGCCGCUGCGCUAUCUCUCCUUCACAGACAUGAUUGAUGCCACCUCGGCCAACAAGAAAAGCAGAGGCAGUGGCGGCCAUAAUAAUAACGCAGUGGAGGCCCCGCCGCUGCUGCAAUGCCCGUGCGGGUUUCAUGUGAGUCUGCCGGCGCCGCGCGUUGGGUUCUGCAACGAGAUGGUCUUCUGUGGUUUCUACGCGAUAGGCUACGACCCGUGCCAGUCGCGCCCGCCGUACUUCGGCACCUACAGCAGCCAGGACGGCAUGAACACGGAGGAGCUGCUGCGCCUCGCCCGCAUUGGCGUUGGCUGCGAAAUCCCGCGGCUGUCGAACCUCGACUACGAGUACGACUCGGGAGACGACUGGGACGUCGUGGAGGGCGACGAGGACGUUGGCGCGUCGAGCAGCGACACGGACGACGAGGAGGACGGCAGCGGCACGUCCCCCAGCGCCAGUGACGACGACUUUAUCAACGACAACGAUGAGGACGAGGAGGACUCCGACGCGGAGCUGCAGCGGCGGAUGUUUGAGGCGAGGCAGCGGCGUGUGAAUCGACUGCGGCACAAGGACAAGUUGGUGCCGGCCUUCAGUGGGCCGUUCGUUGGCGUCGCGAUGCUCGAGCACCCGCUGCGCGAGUACGACAAGAUGGAGCGGAUCUCGUCGACCCUCGAUGGCGCCGCGUUUACGGCGCUGCUGGAGCAGGAGAUGCGAGCAGCAGGUGCGUCUCUGGUCAACAACAACAACAGCAGCGGUGGUUGCGUGGACGUUGGGCCGACUGGGGCGCAGCAACACGAUUACGACGAUGAGCAGCAACAACAGCAGCAGCGACUUUUGGCGGCAGCUCUCCGUAACCGACGGGAGAUGUUCCCGGAGGAGCUGGACGCCGUGCACGCGAUCAUCGCGGCGAAUAGGAAGAUAUCCCCGAAGGCGAUUGUGGAGGCGUUGCAGCAGCAGCAGGUGUGCGCGGGUGUCGCGCGGGCGGAGAUAUUGCGCACGAUUCGGCGCUACUACGAGCGCAAACACAAUACCCUGGUGCGCCGCGAGGAGCCAUGGUCGGUGACGGACGAGCGCCUCUUCAGAAAGCAGCUGCGGCCAAGGGAGGGUGACGGUGGCGGCGGCGGCGGCGACAGCAUCAACAAUAACAACAACAACAGCGCAGGCCCUAACAUCGGCAACGGCGAAGGGGAAAGAAACCGCGACAACGAUGAGGAGGAUGCAGAGGAGGACGAUGAGGACAUUACGCUAGUGGCGCUCGCCCAAAAGCGGCCACGUGCAGCGAGCAGUGGAGGAAUCAAUGACGGUUCAUCUUGA